AUGGCUCCCAAGAAGCUCACCGAGCACCUCCUCGCUCACAGCCCAGAUGCCUUCACCUCCGCAACCAGACACCCAUGGCUCCGUCUCGCCGGCACAUCACAACUCCCCACCGACUCCUUGCUAGCUUGGCUGACCCAAGACCGCCUGUACAUCUUCUCAUACAUCCCCUUCAUGGGCAACAUGCUAUCAAAAACCUCAAUACCCACCACAUCGUCACGUAUCAAGUGCCUCGAAUGGCGAGUCGCCGACUGCUUCAUCAAUGCUUUGACCAACGUCCGACGAGAGCUAGGCAUGUUCGAAGACAUCCUGGGUGAACACUUUGACUGGAAAGAAGGUGGAGAGACGGCGACCAAAGAGACGAGGGCAUACCAAGACAUGUUCGCUGGUGCGGGUGCGCCGAGCCAGAGCAUUCUUGUCGGUAUGACUGCGCUAUGGGCGACCGAGAAGUGCUAUCUUGAAGCUUGGAAGUAUGCUCUGGGUUUCAAAGAAGAGGUACCAGAGGAAAAGAAGAGCCAUGUGCUGCAUACCACCCUCAUACCCAACUGGACAUGCGACGAGUUCGAAGAAUUUGUGAUCUGCAUCGGCGACUUGCUGGACGAACUUGCAGACGACAUACCUGAAGGCAGCAGAGAGUGGGUCAAGUGCGAGGAAGUAUGGCAGCAAGUCUUAUGGGCAGAGGAGAACUUCUGGCCCAAGGUAUCUAACCCGUAG